AGCAUCAUGGCCUCUGACCUGGAAAGCAGCCUCACUUCCAUAGACUGGCUCCCACAGCUUACUUUAAGGGCUACUAUUGAAAAAUUAGGGGGUUCGUCACAAGCAGGACCUCCAGGAGCUGCCCGAAAGUGUCCUCCAGGCUCACCGACAGAUCCCAAUGCCACCCUGAGUAAGGAUGAGGCUGCAGUGCACCAAGAUGGGAAGCCACGUUACAGCUAUGCCACUUUGAUCACAUACGCCAUCAACUCAUCACCUGCCAAGAAGAUGACUCUUAGCGAGAUCUAUCGUUGGAUCUGUGACAACUUUCCCUACUACAAAAAUGCUGGUAUUGGUUGGAAGAACUCUAUUCGUCAUAACCUCUCUCUGAAUAAAUGUUUUCGGAAGGUGCCUCGACCGAGAGAUGAUCCUGGGAAGGGCUCUUAUUGGACAAUAGAUACGUGUCCAGAUAUAUCUCGCAAGAGGCGGCAUCCUCCAGAUGAUGAUAUACCACAAGACUCCCCAGAGCAAGAGGCCAGUAAAAGCCCCCGAGGGGCUGUUCCAGUCAGUACAGAAGCCUCUUUGCCACCUGAGGCCACCCCUCAGCUGUCGCUCCAGAGCACCACCCCCAUUGCCAACUACAGUCAGCAGGGUGCAGGGCCUGUGGAUGUUGCCUCUACUGUAGCAGGGGGGCAGGGCCGUGAAGGCGCUGAUGUGCCAGCCCCGCUGUACAGUGCCAACCAUGACUUCAAGUUCUCCUACUCUGAGAUCAACUUCCAGGAUCUUAGCUGGUCCUUCCGAAAUCUCUACAAAUCCAUGCUGGAGAAAUCAUCUUCUUCUCAGCACGGUUUCUCUUCUCUCCUUGGUGACAUGCAGCCCUCCAAUCACAACUACUACAUGUACCAGCAGCAGCAGCAGCAAGGCCCUUCCUCAGUGGGUGCUGCUCCCCCACUCCACACUCCAACCCCAGAGGGGUGCCCAUCCCAAGGGGGAAAGCAGCAGGGUGGUGAAGGUUAUGGCCCUCCACCAGUGAUGUCCAUGCACCCACCCCCAAUGCAGCAUGGAGGCUACCACCAGCAUCAGCAGCACCACCCACACUCCCACCCACAGCAGCAGCCACAUCAGCACCAGCAGCAGCAGUCACAGGCUUCAAUCAACAGUGCUGGCUUUGCAUUUCCCCCUGAUUGGUGCUCCAAUAUUGAUUCCCUGAAGGAAAGUUUCAAGAUGGUAAACCGGCUGAACUGGUCUAGCAUUGAGCACUCCCAAUUCUCAGAGCUGAUGGAGAGUCUGCGCCAGGCUGAGCGGAAGAACUGGACGCUGGAUCAACACCAUAUUGCCAACCUCUGUGACUCCCUUAAUCACUUCCUUACCCAGACUGGUCAGCUCCCUCAUCUGGUUGGCCCACAGCAGCCCCCUCGAAUCUCUGAUUCUUGUGCCCUUAACAGUGGCAAACAGGAGCAAUCCAUGAACCAAGUGAACUCCUAUGGUCAGCCCCAGCCUCCCCAUCUCUUCUCCGGGCCAUCUCCUAUGUAUCAGAUUUCUACCCAGGACUCUCCGGGAUAUAAUCGCCCAGCUCACCAUCUGGUCCCUCGGCCUCCAGGGCCUCCUCCAGGCGCCAAUGAGGAAAUCCCCGAUGAUUUCGACUGGGACUUGAUCACCUAGCGAGUUACAGACUUGAUAGCCCGUCCUUUGUGAAGGACGCGGGAGGGGAGGGGGACAUGGGGUAAAUGGUGCCAGCACCA